GUGGCCAUGUUGGGAAGAACAGGAGCGUUCACUGGACGUUGCAGGUUUGAGCUCAAGCAGUGCCGCUCGCUCUCCUCCCCACUCCUACCAAGACUUCAUUACCCAGCAGGCAGUGGGAGCAGGAAGGACAGGACAGGACAGGAGGCGGGACAGAUGAGCUUGGCUCAGAUCAACUCCAUCCUAAAGGCCAAUGAACACAGCCACACCCUCCCCAGGGGACCUGCCUCCCACGGUGUGCUGGGUUUCCAUAGCAACAUGUUGCCAUCCAAUCACCCCAGUGAGGACCGUCGCAGCAGCGCCACCUACCUGCCAGGUUGUGGUGGCGUGCUGUUCGGAGUGUUUGAUGGGCACGCGGGGCCGGCGUGUGCCCACACCGUCAGCCAGCGGCUCUUCUACUACAUCGCUGUGGCAAAGCUGCCACUGGGGACACUGGCAGAGAUCGAACGUGCAGUGGAGGAGGAACGGGCCGUACCUCCUCUGCUGGAGUGGCACAAACCCCCACAGGACCACAGCUUCCCUAACGGAGGAGCAACCUCCUUCCACAGCCUGAGAAACUACUGGCAGGAGCGGCUCCAGGACGAGGACGAGGAGGACGGCAGGGUGACCCCAGCGCUGGUGAAUGCUUUCCGUCGUCUUGACUGUGACCUGUCUGUGGAGGCCCAGGUCCACCUGUCCAUGUCCUCACCCAGACGGCUCUCUCUCCCUGGGGAGAUGAUGUCUCAGUCCUCCCCUCUCCGGGUGGCGCUCUCUGGCUGCACCGCCUGCGUCGCCCACAUCUCUAACGGCAUCCUGCAUGUAGCCAACUUGGGAGACAGUCGGGCUGUCCUGGGGGUCCAGGAGCUGGACGGGCAGUGGUUGGCUGUCAGCCUCACCAACGACCACAAUGCACAGAACCCUGAUGAGCUGCAAAGGAUCUUAGGGGAACACCCGCCAUCAGAGAGGAGGACAGUGGUCCGCCACGACCGCCUCCUGGGUCUGCUGCUGCCGUUCAGGGCGUUCGGAGAUGUCCGCUUUAAAUGGAGCAAAGAGAUGCUGAAUCGAGUCCACGAGGCUCGACCGGACGUACUGUCUUUGGUCAGUGAGGGUGUCCGGACUCCGUCACCACAUUACCUGACUCCACCCUAUCUGAGCGCCCAGCCGGAGGUCAUCCGGCACCACAUCAGACCCUCUGACAAGUUCCUGGUCCUAGCAACUGAUGGAUUAUGGGAGUUGAUGCACAGACAGACCGUGGUCCAGCUGGUGGGGGAACAACUGACAGGCCUUCAGCAGCAGAGACCCAUAGUUCCGAGCAGAGGCAUGACACUGGGUGGACUGCAGCGCCUCCUGCUGGAGAGAAGGGGACAAGUUAUGUCUGUGCUGGAAGACCAGAAUGCCGCCACACACCUGCUCCGCCACGCCCUGGGGGAUGAUGGGUACGGAGCAGUGGCACCAAACCGUUUGGCCAAGAUGCUGAGUCUGCCAUCAGAGCUGGCACGAAGGUACCGUGAUGACAUCACCAUCACCGUCAUACACCUGAACGAGUCCGACCUUUGACACAACACCUGGUGACCUGCAGGAGUUAAACAGAAGGCGUCUGAUUGGUCCAGAUUCAUCGUGCGACAUGAAGGAGGAGUCAGCUGCGGGUUGGUUUGGUCUCCACAGCAACAGAACUGACACAAUUCAUCAUGAACUGACGAUCAACUGACACCUCACUGGACUGUGAUGAUGAUGUAAUGAUGACUUCAUUCUGUUCAACAAUAAACCACUUUAAACUGGUU